CCUUUAUCCCCAUUAUCGAUUAAAUUUAGGUUAUACAACUUCCACCAUCGGCCACCGCUCUACCUUCUGCCUUAUACUCAUUCAUUCCCCCCUUUUAUUCCCUCGAGUCCUUCAAUUCCGAAGCAGAUUUCCCUAUCUUUUAACAUUGAUACCUCAAAUUUCUUUAGUUGAAAUUAGGAAAUCUACCAUAAAAUACAAUGGCGAAGAAAACUACCCUCCAGGAGUUCGAGUCCGUCUUCCCAAAACUCGAGGAAGACUUGGUAAAUUGGGUGAAACAGUACAACCUGCCUCAGGAGCAACAAGACUGGUACAAGAAGGUCCUUGAAGUCAACACUUUGGGUGGAAAAUGCAACCGUGGAAUGUCGGUUCCCGAUUCAGUCUCUCUCCUACUCAACAAGGAAUUGUCCGAACAGGAGUACUUCCAGUCUGCUACUUUGGGCUGGAUGAUUGAGCUCCUACAAGCUUUCUUCCUCGUCUCGGAUGAUAUUAUGGACAGCAGCAUCACACGACGUGGAAAGCCCUGCUGGUACCGCCAAGAAGGUGUUGGUAUGAUCGCUAUCAACGACGCUUUCCUACUUGAAUCUGCCAUUUACACCUUGCUCAAGAAGCACUUCAAAUCUCAUCCCGCUUACAUCGACAUGGUUGAGCUAUUCCACGAAGUAUCACUACAAACCGAACUUGGCCAAUUGUGCGACCUUCUCACAGCUCCAGAAGACGUGGUAAACCUUGACAACUUCAGCAUAGAGAAGUACACCUUUAUUGUCAUUUACAAGACCGCCUACUACAGCUUCUACCUACCAGUUGCCCUAGCACUACACCAGCUUAACAUCGCAACCCCCAAGAACUUAAAGCAAGCACAUGAUAUUCUCAUUCCCAUGGGUGAAUACUUCCAAGUUCAAGACGACUACCUAGACAACUUCGGACUUCCCGAGCACAUUGGAAAGAUCGGUACCGAUAUUCAGGACAACAAGUGCUCCUGGUUAGUCAACCAGGCUCUGAAGAUAGCGACACCCGAGCAGCGCAAGAUUCUGGAGGAACACUACGGCAGAAAAGACACGGCUCACGAGGCCGAGAUCAAGAAACUUUACAACGACUUGAACCUUGAGAAGAUUUACCAAGACUACGAAGAGAAGAGCGUGGGUGAGAUCAGACAACGAAUCUCCCAGAUUGAUGAGAGUGAAGGCCUAAAAAAGGGUGUCUUCGAGACAUUCCUCCAGAAGAUCUACAAGCGAAGCAAGUAAGAGGUCAAAUCUAGGGAAAAGCUCAUGUCAUUGCUUUUAUCGUCGAAUUGAGCGUUCAGAAAAAGCAUAUCUGAAACAGCACGAGUGGCUUGUUCGAAAUUAUUAGAUCUUCAGCUAGACUAAAAUAUUGACAAUACCCUUUACAGUCUUUAGA